GCGUCCUUCUGGUCGUGAUCGGCAUCUGCCACUGGAACGCCUGCAUCUUCUGGCUGGUGGGUCUCGAUCGUAACUUGUUUACAGAGCUCAUGAGCGACGAGGCGUUAGCUGAGUAUGCCGCAGGGCCUCACUGGACGACCGUUUGGCGGAUGACGGAGGCUCAGGCCGACGCUUGGCGAUGGGUCGACCGGCCCAUGCCCGAGAAAUACGUGUUCUGCUUCUAUUGGACCCUCGGUGUCAUGCGGACCAUGCCAGCCGAAGUGACUCCAGUCAACCUACCGGAGCGGCUCUUCGUGUUGGUCUUCAUGUUCUUCGCCCUUUCGGCUUUUGCCAUCUGCGUGUCGCUCAUCACGCAGGCCUUCUUCAAGAUCUGGGAUCGACGUAGGGUGUUCAACGAGGAGCUAGCCGCGGUCCGCAUGCACCUUCAGAAGACGCAAGUGGAGGAAGCCACCCAGUUGAAGGUGAAAGCGUACUUACGGUACAUUUUCGAUCGCCGUCGCAUUCAUGCGAAGGAGGCAGCCUUGAUGAACUUCCUCCCGGAUCAGCUCAAAAGCCAAAUAAGGCGAUCUCAGGUGAAGAUGUACCUGGAGAGGAUACCCUUGAUGCGAGAGCUGGAGAGGGAUAGCAUCGAGAAGAUUACCGACGCAGCAGAGACUUUUGACCUCAUGCAGGGGGAUGCGGUCUCCACCGCAGGGACCGUGGCGGACGCGGCUUGGGUGCUGGUGUCCGGGCGCCUCCGGGUCACGAAGGUCUUGGUGGGGGCGACGGACAGCGUGCUUACCAACGCCAGCAUCGUUUCGCCGUUGGUUGUGGACGAGCAUUGUCUUGAAGAAGACGGUCCUGUGCUUUCAAG